GGGGAGGAGAAAACACAAACGCUCGUCACUUUGUGCUGUGCCGAGAAAAUUGCAGGACUUGUGUGAAUUUUUGUUGUUGAUUUUUCCAACUUUGAAGAAAAUUUAUUUAAUCAACCGCACUGAUUGUUUCUUCCGUGGUGGAGUCCUGCAUUGUCCUUCCAUGGGAAUUGUUUAGCAUGGAAUUGUCGUGCUUUUCCGCAUAGUUUGUGGCAAAAUUGUUUGUGUGCAAAUUUUCAUGAAUUUUUCAUCAAAUUGAUCCGAGCUCUCACAGAGACCAUCGCAAUGGUGCGCGUCCUGUCGGUGUAUAAGUUCGCUGAAGAGGGUGAACUGACCAUUGCGGAUGACAUCAAUGCAUCCUGCCUCGUACCACCGGAUCGGAUUGCUUUGGCCACAUCGGGACUUGAUAUUGAGAUUCGUAGCAUAUCCGGAGAUGCUUCUUCAAAGGGAUUUUUUGCAUUUCCAGCUGUGGAUGAAAUUGAGGAAAUUCAUUACUGCAGAAAUGGAAACUACUUAAUGACCAUUGAGAGUAAGAGGGACAAUCGCAACAUAAAAUGGCGCAUUGUUCGGAUCUACUGCAACUGGGAUGGAGUUCCAUUGAACAAAUCACAGACAAUGGCAAUUCUGAGAGCGAGAAUUGCCGGUAAAGUGACUCCCUCUGAUAAGUACAUAAAUUCCGAGGAUGUUGAAAUGAUAGAGCUGCCCCUGAAGGCUCAACCGCGAUGCGUGGCAUGUUGUCAGGUGACGGGCAACAUUGCUAUUGUGGCCGGCAACAAAGUCCUCUUCUAUCACUUUAAAUCCUGCCAAACGGAUACGGGGCGCUACAACUACAUUGAUUUCGUGGAGGUGCCCUUCUUCGUGGAGUUGAGCUUCUCACCGCAGAAGAUUUCCCUCACUGAGGGUGUGAUUGGCUGCAUGAGUGACUUCACGUUCAAUCUCUUCAAGAUCACCGAAGUCUACGAGCCAAGCAUUAGUGUGGAUAUUUCUGAUGAGAGCUUCAGCUCCGAUGCUAGUGGAUCGCUGAGGAUCAACACGAAGGAAACACUGGAUUUUCGCACGAUCUGCAAGCAUAGCACGAUCAACAGGCAGAAGUUCCGGGUGGACGUGGGGAGUGAUUGUGAUGGAGAUAGUGGAACAAAUGGCGGGGAUAUCCGUCCAGAGAUUGUCCACGACAUGCUGAUCAUCUUGCGAUCGCUUCAGGACUCUGAAACUCUCUCCAAGUACACCAUCAAACCCCUCCUGCAACUCCGGCUACCAUGUCCAGUAUCCCAGAAGCCUGUCUAUGAUUCAUUCAGGAGUAUGUCGGUCAAUCCGCUCUACAUGAGGCGCGAGAUGUGUCCUGACAAAGGUAGCGAGAACAUCUUCGGAUCACGAUAUUCCAGGAAUUUCGUCAGUGUUGCUCUCGUGGUGGCGACUCAGCAGGAUGGCUACUUGUAUCAGUUCUACAACAAUGAUGAAUGGCGCCAAAAUACAGAUAUCCUCGCUUCGUACUCCUUCACAGCCCCAAUUGUUGAUCUCGUGCUCAAGGAUUCAGUGAUGCAUGCCCUGACUGAGACGGGAAUUGAAACAUACACCCUACGGAUUGGUCAGAAGAUCUUCUACAGUCCGUGCGAAUAUUUCCUCAACUACUCAACCACAUUGGAUGUAAUCGGACCAAAUUUCAAUGAUCCCAUUUGCCUUUUGGGACUCCAUUCCGUAGCUGGGGCUGAGAAGAUUCUCUCCUCUGCGGGAAAUAUUGUGAUCCUCUCCAGGGAAGCUAUUGCACGGAAUGCUCCGUGGAAGCUGAAAUUCCUCCAUGAACCACGACCUGAGUGUCUCUACCGGAAUAUCGAGGGAUACGCUCUGAAACAUCGAGCUGAGAAUCCCAAAGUUUUCCUGCAUCUGAUGGGAGAGGUUCACGUGAUGAUUCGUACAGCUAAUGAAUUAGCCAGAAUUGUCUCCAGCGAUAAGACCAAGAAUCAUGUUUCAUUGACAAAAUUUUCCGAUCAUGGAGACAAGGAAGUUGAGAAUUUAUUCCUCGAAUCCUGCAGAACUUUGGCGGAUUUUUUUGUGUUGUCUGCCAAUGAGGAGGAAUACUACAUGGCCCUCCCUUACUACCUUAUGGGAAAGCUCUCCGUUGCCGACAUCUUCAACAGAUGCAUCCAAUUUGAGCAACUGGGAGUUUAUUCAAUGGGUGGGAUAAUUUAUACCCUGAAGCAAUUAUUCUUGCGCCUUCAGCCAGGUUCGGAGGAAUUAAAUUUCCUCACCGGAAGCCUGGUAAAAUCACCCCUUGUGGACAAUAAUAAUGGCAAUGAGAUGCGUCUGGAUAGAGAUGGUGGCUUCAUGAAGAUUCUCUUCGAUUUACUCCUCAAAUAUUCACCGGAAGACAUCACAGCGAUUGCACUGCAAUCCAGCAUCUUCCUCAAUCGCAUGGGGGAUUUUAUUUUGAAAUUCCUCGAAGGACGUCCUGAGAAGACAAACGAGGAGAAGCUCUGCGUGGCUCUGCAGUUGGUGCGCAAGAAGAGAGCAAGCCUGGCUAGGAAUAUCAUUGAAACCAUCGACAGUGGAAGUUUACUGAAUAUCCUCAGCAAGAACUGGACCAUUCUCUUUGAGACUUCGAUGAAUCACAAGAAUGGCCAUUCAAUCGUUAUUUUCUCAGAAUUCACCGAACAUUGUCUUCUGAUGUCUCAGCUGGAGUCCAUUCAACGUCUCACGGCGUCAGUGCUGAAGUAUCUCCUUGUGAAUCUACAAGUGCUGCCCUUUGAGGUGCUCCUGAAGAUGCUCAUUGAUUUCACAUCCCUCCGCAUUGGCUAUGCUGGCAGUGAGAUUGGAAAGAACAUCCUGAUGAUGACGCUGGAGAUGUACUUGAUUGACUAUGUUGAGCAGAAGAAACUCUGUGCAGAUCAAUCGGAAUCAACGGAUUCGGCUUCCUUCAUUGUCACCACAUCCACAGCCAGCAAUGCCACACGCAGUGGUGCAAACCAGGAGAGUUCUCGAAAGAUGUCCUCAUCCCUGGCAUCCGAUGUGGAUACAGCACUCUCAAUCUUUGGCACUACAGCCACUGGGAAGGCUCUGAAAAUUCUCGUGAGAUCACAUUUGGGUUUCCUCAGUAGCCACAGUGGGCAGAAAAAGGAAGCAGAGUCCAAAGAGUGUUCGCUGAGUGAUUUUGAUAUUCCUGAGAAGGAGAUUGAUGCUCUCUUUGAAUUCCUGAAGAAACCACCGGAGAUCUUGAAGGAGAAAUGUGGACCAGCUGUUGAGGAGCCUUUGCUCUUCAUGGACAGAAGAUGGAAUUAUUUGAAUCUCAUGCCACCGCUCCAGGCGAAUUUCCUCGAUUAUCUCAUAAAGCCCAAGAAGGCAGAUAGUCAGGAAAAAAUCCCGGAGGAGGAGAUAAAUCUAGCGUGCGUUAAAUUGCAGGCUCUCCUGGCCAGUGCAGAACUCCCAGAAGAUAUUGUUAAUGAAGUAUCCCAGUUCAUUUGUUCCAACCCAAAUCUCAUUGGAAUUGAGAGCAUUGUUUCGUGCCUCCUGCCCGUCCCUGAGUGUACCGAAUUCCUGGUGAACGUCUGCCCGCAGUGUGUUCUGGAAUUCGGCAAGGAUCGCUUCAGCCGCAACGAAGAUUGGGCCUUCCUCAUUAAUUGCCUCCAAGUGCAAACAUCCAAAGCUGGAGAUGCCACAGAAUCCAAUGGUGGGCUACUCCUCUUCUACCACAAACUCCUCAAAGAGAUCCUGGAGUACAUUGCCAACACCAAACCCCUCGAUACUGUGAUGAAGAUAUUUCCUGAACACGAAAUCACCCAUAUUCCCGACAAUGUUGGCACUGAAGCUGGGAAGACCCAUCCGGGACAUCAUCCGCACGAGCAGAGCGCUUUCAUUCAAUACAUCCGGAUUUCGGUGGAGAAAGAACGCGCCCGCAAGCUGAAGCAGGUCAUUGUGGCCAAGAGUAAUACAUUGAGCGCUAAAAUCAAUUUGUAGAUGCGCGGAAUUGCGUUUUUUCUACAUUUUACUAAAAAUAAUUCAAAAGAAAAAAAAAGUUGUAGCACAAUUUGAUGUAGUAACAAAUUUUUCAUGUUGUUGAACCUUUUGGUUGAAUUUUUGGACAAAUUCUAUGAAUCCAUUGAUUUUUCGUAGUUUUUAGAAUAAAUAUCACUGUUUAACGAAGAAUUCUCUAGGAAAAAUAAAGUUGGUGAGAUCGUAAA